UUUGUAGAUAUUAUAAAGGCGACACUUUGUUUCCGUGUCGUAAGAUGAUGCACGCGUUGUGUUUGGUUAUUUAUUGGUUUGUUUGUGUGUUCAGCUAUGUCAAAGUAGCAGCUGAGGCCGGUGGGUCACCAACGGUAGUGACCCCAUCGGGCACUAUAGUGGGGUCCUUAAUGACGUCACGCCGUGGCCGUCCCAUACACGCCUUCCGGGGCAUUCGCUAUGCGGAGCCACCCAUCGGAGAACUGCGGUUCAGACUGCCAGUAUUAAUAACAAAAUAUAAGGAAGAAGUUAACGCGACAGCGGAGGGUCCCGCGUGUCCACAAGAUGCUGACCCAGGGUACUUCCUUGACGAAGACUGUCUGAGACUAAACGUGUACAAACCGGGACACAGAAAUAGCACUUCUCUUUUACCCGUUGUGGUGUACAUCCACGCUGGAGGGUACUACUCAGUAUCCGGAAGAUCAGACGUCGCUGGGCCUCACUAUUUACUUGACAAGGAUCUGCUCCUUGUUACCAUUAACUAUCGCCUGGGUUCAUUGGGAUUUCUAAGUACAGGCGAUGCAGAGGCACCUGGCAAUAACGGUUUUAAGGACCAGGUGACGGCCCUUCGUUGGGUGAAGCGGAACAUUGAAUCAUUUGGUGGUGACCCCAAUUGCGUGACGCUGGCGGGUUAUAGUGCCGGAGGAAUGAGUGUCGCAUUACACACUGUAUCGCCUAUGUCUAAAGGUUUGUUUCAUCGGGCAAUUUCCAUGAGCGGCUCCCCUUUCUCCCAAAUACCUCGCAGCCAGGAACUCUUGUCGCUGGCCGUGCGUCAGGCGCGUCUAGUCGAUUGUCCUCACUCCUCCACGAGAGCUAUUGUCGCCUGUCUCAGAACCGUUCCUUGGAGAAAACUUGGGGACUCACUUAAAGGAUUUAGGGAUUUCUCAAUCGACCCAAUAAUAAUCUGGAGACCAGUGAUCGAGAGAGAUUUUGGCCAGGAGCGGUUCUUGACUGAGGAUCCGAUGGUCAGCAUCAGGGAGGGGAGGAUCAGCUCGGUUCCUUUCAUCGUCAGUCAGACAAGAGACGAAUUCUUCUGGGAGGCUUUCUUGGUAUUGGAUAACUUCAUAUACACGUCCCUGAUCAACUCUGAUUGGUACCGAGUGUCGCCAAUUGCGUUCAUGCUGCCGUCGCCCUCUGACCACGCCGCUGCCGUUCUCAGAGAGGCUUAUGUGGGAAAUCAACCCCUCGAGAACAACACGGAAGAUGCCCGAAAUCUGGGGAAGUUGUAUGGAGACGCGGUCAUCGGCUUUGGGGUUCACAGGUUGGUGAAUUUACUGUCGUAUCAGUCCCAGCCGACUUACCGCUUCGUGUUCGAAUACAUGGGCAAUCGCAGCCACUACGAGGACCCUGCCACCAGAAAACCUGUUGGUGUGGCCCACCACGAUGAGCUGAUUUAUCUGUUCUCUCUCCGAGUGGCAUUUGAAGACAUCCCACUAUCACCUUCUCACGACUCUGUCAUGGUGGACAAGUUGACUACUAUUGUCUACAACUUUGCACGUACGGGUGACCCGAACCCUCUCUGGGGUACUUCUCCCCCCACAUGGGUACCCUUUACCCCCUCCAACGGGACUCAUCUCUCUAUCUCGGAACAAUACACAUUAGGACAAGAUUGGUAUAAAGAGAGAUAUCGAAUUUGGGAACAACUCUACCCUUUAGAUUAUAGUUUAGCUUCAUUGUAAACAAUAUUGGAUUAUCAGUCGCCAAGGGUAUAUAAUUUAUAAAGGACUUUUUUAUGUAGAUAAUUUAAAUUUGAUGUCAUGACUCGUUCUAAUCUCAUAUAGCUAUUAAAAUAAAUUCUACUAAGUAUUUUAUUGCAUGCUGGAUAUCAAAUAUACGUUUGUCCAAAACAGCAGUACCU